UCGCCCAAAGCCUCGGCACAGCGAUCAGUUGGACGAACGCUCUGUAUGGUCGACGUUCAGUCGCGUCCGUCGUUCGCGGUUCGUGAGUGUGAUUAUUUGCAAUCAAAUCGGUCUUUUACGACGAUGUGCCAUAUGGAUCCCGUGGAUUACGCUAGUGCUAGUGCUAAAAAGUGAUUUUCAGACGGGAUCUAUUAUGUCCAAGAACACGUCUCGGUGAUGAAACAUAGACUUAACAUUUGCUAACCCGGCCCUAAAGAACUCGGUGUAAGUGCCUUUUUCAUGUCCACUCCGCAAUUUAAUCCAGUGUGUUAACAAUGCUGCUUGUGAUCCACCGCAAAGGACCCUUACCGAAGGGAAAAGCCCGUUACACCGGAGUCAUUCUCGACAAUUAUCGCCAUGUCUUCAAAGGUAAAACAAUGAACGAGGUGGGGAGUCUGGGUGUUCGAGGAAUAGCUGUCAGCCCAGACUCUGACUGCAACAGCAACCACCAUGGCUCAGCGAGUUAUCUCAGCAACACGUCUUCCCAAGAUAUUGAUUUUAUUCAGGAUAAUUCGGACUACCAAUGGUUUUUGGACUACGGCUAUCGGGAUGGAGGAACGAACCACCACACAAGUAUACUAUCACUACCCGAGUCCUACGAAGCCAAUGACAUGAACUACUAUGACGCCUUGGCGAAGAAUAUGGACGCGAACUUGGCCGAAGCAGACAUGGAGAGUUUCCGGACGGAAGACAUCCACGCCUUGCUUACCAACCUACCACCGAUGUGUACCGACCACCUAAGUCAAGAUAAUAACCGCCAAGGAGAGAGCUUUGCGAGUGUGUCCGGCUCCAUGAUGGCAAAAUUCGACUUCGACAGUUCCAUCAGCCCCCACAGCAGCUCCCACGGCGAAGACUCCGCCAACUCCACCUCCAUGUCCAUCUACAAAUCCGAGCUGCUCUUCAGUCCAGUCAAGGAGACCCCCAUGCCCGGAGCCAACUUCAGCGUGGACUCGCUCGACUGCGACAUGAUGCUGACCUGCCAGGCCAACAAGGACAACUACACCAUAGCUUUCGAGGGCUCGGCGGUGUACUCCGAAGAUAGCGAUUACCACGAGACGGAUAAAAGCGAGAACUCCGGCACGGGUAGCGCUCAUUGGACGAACGACAUCAAAAAGCAAACAAAUAGUGCAAAGGUUAUUGAUGCAUCGAUGACGCAGUCGGACUCGGGGAGCUUCACCACUUGGAGUAAGUUGAAGAAGAGGAGUAGUGAUAAUCAGCUGAGGCGACACCCGUCGGGGAACAACAACAACUCAGGAGAUGAAACUAGUCAUUUGGGACUGAAUGAGAAUUCCGUCAAGAGCCAAAGCAUGCCUAAUUUGUACAAGCAGAAGCUGAAGACUCUCUUAGUCAGUAAUUACCUCAGGAAUCAAAACGUGGCUUCGACCAGUACGGUUAAAAGAAAACCAGUUAAAGUAUUCGAUAUUCAGCACCAAAGCAGCAGCGGAAGCGGAGUGAGCGUGUCCGACAUGGCGACUUCGGUGGACGGCAGCACAAGCGACAACACGGGCAACAAACACCACCCUAACUUCAGUCUGGUGAAACUCUUCAUGAAGCAGAAGAGCAUGAGCACGGAGGGGAUGUCCACCACCAUGGAUCAACUGUCGUCGACGGAAAACUGGCCGGGGAGCCAAUCGGACGAAAGCAACUGCUCGGAAGGCAAACCACCCGAAACUCUCAAGAUGAGUGUAGAUCAAAAAACCAACGAAAGCAGCGUGCGCACCUACGACUUAAUCGCAGAAGAACCAGAAGAAGAGAUGUCCCGAAGCGAAUCAGUAGAACAAUUGUCUGAAAGCAUCUCCAAAAUAGACUCAGUUGGUAAUAGUUUCGAACGAACGUCCCCCGAAAGCCACUUUAACCUCAACAACAACAACAGCUACCUGACAGAAAGCCACAAGUGCGACCAAAAGCACAAGAAAGCGUUUGAGAACGAACUGAUGAACCGAAGCAUCCAGACUUCACAGUUCUCCGAAAUAACGAGCUUGAAGAACGCGCAUAAAACAUCCGCAAACAACAAACAAGGGGUGAAAGUGGUAGAACCGUCGUUCCUCAACAAGUUGAAACAAGAAGGAGAGAUGCAGAAGCCCGUCUAUGUUCUGUACCCCAACUACGUUCUACCGAAUUUGGACUUCCUGAACGAGAAACAAGAGGAUAUGGCCAAUGUUCUACUCGUGCCGCAGGAAGCCCCGAAUGUGAAGGCAGCCCUCAAGAAGCGACCUUUCAGUUGUAACGACGUGGAAAUGCUAAAGAAGAAAGGUUUCAGUCACGUUAAAGACUGGGAUUCGUUGAAUUUUUUGCUACCACAGGAAUAUAAGCGGAUUUUGGCUGACGUUCCAGAAAUUUCUGAACACAUUAAACCGUCGUUUGCGCACGCUGUGAAGACUAAAAGACGACCGUUUAGUUGCGAGUACGCGGCUAAUAGUUCGUCCAGUUCGAGUACUGCUACUCAACCCAGUUCCGGUUAUAGAGGGUCCUCCACCAUCUUGAGUGACUCUCAAAACAGUCCGGCACCUGUUACCAACCUCAAUCCGCUUUUUGUGUACAGAUAUGAUAGUGUGACGAGUUCGGAAGCCAGUUUGCUCAACAGUGAAAGACAGAGGUCGAUCACCACAGCCCCGCCGCUACCCACGAGGUGUGUAAGCCUCCAACAAGGAGACCACAUACCUCCGAGACCCCCUCUCCCGAAAAGUAUCCUGCGGAAGGAAAAAGGUGACAACAAACGCUACAGUUUGUAUGAAACGAGCGAAGAAGACUUGACCGAAGAUACUCUUUACAAACGCAAGUCGUUACAAGAGCCGUAUUUCUUGCGAACGAAGCGGUUCAGCGAGACGGAGGACGAAGGAGUGGAUGCAGGCACAUCCAGUAGUAGCGUGGACGAACACCACGAGUCACUCCGCACCACGUCACCCAACCACCAAAAAACCGACUUCCUUCUCUCAAACAUUAGUACCGACGAGCUGGUACAACUCGAGGAGUUUCUAAAACUGAGCGGAAUCUCGACUUCGGAUAACGAAGAAAUGACCGAAGAGAAUUUGAUGCAGUUGCGGUCGUACGUCGGGAAAUUCUUAUCGUUGAAGAUCAACCAAGAAGGAGCGGAACAUUUCGGGGGGAAGAAGACAGUGAGUUUUGCAGAGAAGGUCAACGUUUUGCCGAAGUACCUCGAGACGAAGCAGUUCGUAGCGCCGAAUAACUCGCCAAACGUGUCUGCUUUCGUCCACCACAAGAACUACUACACUAAAACCCUCGUGGACAUGCCAAUCUGCGAAGAAAGCGAAGGUAGCCCGAACUAUUGCAGCCCCCAAGCCACUCCAAUUCAUAAACAGAAUUUGAACCUAGUGGAGAAGCGGUCUUUGGUGAACGCCGUGACCGACGCAGUCGAGCAACUCAUUAACCAUUUCUCUUCUGCGACUAAUCAAGCCGACCUUAACGCGUUGGGAGACUCCAGUAUGAACCCUUCGUGUGCGAAACUCGCUCUUUCCACGCUUUGUCCAGCGUUGUACGCGGUUUUGAGCGAUGGCUUGAAACCCAGUCUCGAGAGUAGUUUCGGGGCUAUCAACAACUCGGUGUGGCAAGUAGUAGAGGCUUCAGCACAACAAGGUCCACUCACCAAGGCCUUAAACGAGCUCGUCAUGCGCAUAAACAGCGAAGACGCAAUAACAGAAGGUCUAGUCAAGUUCAACGCUUUCGUGUUCGGGUUGCUUAACGUCCGGUCGCUGGAUGCCUGGAUGAGCUACCUCAAAACCAGAGAGAGCAUACUCAAGAAGCACUACUGCAAAGAUUCCUUGUUAAUAAUGGCGCACACGGGAGGUCUAAACGUGAGGACGCUUCUGGAUACCCUAAUUUCGGCGUUGCAACCUCUAGCGCUUCUACCUUUCCAAUUAGACCUGUUGUUUGAGUACCGGCAGCUGCAUUUGAGUUUCAAGAGGAUGGACUCAUACCAACAACAACUCAGUCCGACGCACAAGCACUCCGUCUCACCGAACUACAAGCAAUGGAAUUCCCCGAAACUGGGUCUUUCGGCGUGCAGCAACCGCUCGAAUUCCGACAGCGAAGACAUCUCUGCAAUCACAGUCCAACACGUAGAGCCCGAAUUAACCCUCCCCGAUUUACUCAAUUCUUCGAGCAAAAGCAAGAACCGGUCGGACAAAGAACGUCCGCGCUCGUGCGUCGAGUCGGGGAUGCUAUCCAAACCCAAUUUCAAACUCGGGGAUGUCACCACAGCCGCAAAGAAACGCUGGUCGGGGAUUUCGGUCAAUUCCAAACUCUAUCUAGUGUAUGACCGCCUAGCCAAAGAAGACGACGAAGAGUACACUGAUAGUUUGGAGAACGGACCCCCGAAAGAAGACCAUAGCAAUUCCAAUGAAAACGUCCCGUCCCUUCAAGAAGACGGUCCCGAGUCUCUUGAUUCCAAUCUGUCCGACGAAAAACCCUUGAAUGGGAGAAGGUUCAAGAAGCUGCAACAAAAAUGGGAGAUGUUGAGUGGGCGCGAACCGAGCCAAUCGCCGCCGUCGUCACCCACAAACGGUGCGAAUAAGUCGAAAAUCCCCAGACCCAUUACCUCUCCUGUCAAACCGUCUGGUAUCCCAGUUUUGAUUUCGCCUUCCGGGAAACCAAGCGCGAAAGGUUUGAAGAAAAACGUAGCCAGAGGGACUGGGAUUGCGAGACCGAGUACCGCGAAAGGGGCUACGACGAAGAAGCAAACUGCUGCAAGGACUAGUCGGGUCGACCAGUUGGAAGGUAACGGGGAUACGCCUAGGCACGUCCCCAGGCCCAGUAGCUUACCCUACAAGACCACCACAACUCAGAACGGGAAGACGUCGAAGAUCACGCCACCGAGGAGGGCGGCAUCGAGUUCGCUGAACAGGAAGCCUCUGAAUGCAGCAAAUGUACCAAAGAUCGUGAGGACGCUGAACCACCGCGUGCCGUCGGAAAGUGGGCAUUUGUCGUACAAUGAAGGCGAGAGACUGAAGGUUGUGUUAGAGGUAGACGAUAAGUGGUUGCUCUGUUGCCGAGGGUCGCAGAAGGGGUUGGUGCCGCGGUCCGCUGUAAUAGCGGCCGAUGUGGGUCGUUUCUGAAGUUUACGAUAUUUACGUACUGUAAAUAAUACGUAGUGUUUUGAGUUGUAAAUUUUUAUACAGACUGGAUUUGUGAUUUUUAGAAGAUAUUUAAGUCUAUUACGCGUAUGAUAAUAUGUAUUAUUGUUACGAAGUAUUAACCAUAUUGUUGCUGCUUAUUACCGUUGUAGAAGCUAUAUGACUAUUUAUUUUAUUUUUCAAAUUAUUUAUUGAAAAUUUCUACUGCUACUUCAUUACGAUCUGUUAUGUACUUAAUUAGAGCAUCCGGAAUUGUCUUAGCUGUGACCAGUCGUUGUAAAGUUUUGUAUAGACCAGACUCUUGUUCGUCGUAAAAUUUUCACAUAUCACUUCACAUUUAGGUGGUUGGGUUUUUAUAUUCUUACGCAAUCGUCGCUUAACGUCGACAACCAAUGGACGAAUUUACGGACUAACGACCCAUCCAAUUUCGUUCCUUUAAUCUAACCCACUCGCUCGUUAAAUUCGUUGAUUUGGUGUGAUUGUGUGGCUACUAAAAGAACCUUCCUCGUAAUCAGUCCCAGUGCAUGCUACUAAAAGUGUCAUCAGAGUCACACGGUCACAUUGUUGUCGAAGUUGAAGCGACUGUUGCGCGGUUCACUGACAGCUACAUCUAAAACAAAAUUACCUUUAUUAUUCGUGAGUACAAAUAGAUGUUAAGCUCGAUUGUGAACCUUCGUGCACUUCUUUUUUCUUGUUGUGUGUAUAUAGCUUUCCAUUUCUCUCGCUCCGUCCUUAGUUCUUUGCUUUCUGUCUCUAUCUAGCACCACAGCAUGAGUGGUCCGAGUAUUUAAUAGAAUACCUCCAGGAUUCAACCCAGCUCAUCUACACCUAUUUUCUCAUCACAUUCGUUUUAUGGCAACAAGAGUCCAUUUCCUUGUCACGGUCGCUGUUCUUAGAUAUUUUUAUUUAUAAAGUGCAGUCGCUUCUGUAUAUGUCUUGCUGAAUGUCUAUAACUUAGAUUUUUAGGAGUUUCCAGGUAAAGAUCUGACUACACUUAAUUACAUAUAAGUAUAUCAAAUUUUGUGAACGGGGCCUUUGUAUCACAAUACAGAUUUUAUUUAAGUAUUCCUUUGACCCAGUUUCUAUGCUUGCAUUUUCAGCUUGGUUUACUUACGUCCACUAUAUGUAUAUAUUGAAUCGAGUUAUAAAAAGCUUUUGUGAUGUAUAUAACGUUACCAAAGUCCGAUCGAACGAUCGAUUUCAGCGAUACUCUAAUGGUUUUUGUUAAGGUUUUUCAUUUUUGGGAACAAUUUUGUGUCGUAACCUCACCAUAGGUGCCAUAUACACCCAUCUGUUUACCUUAUUUUUUGACUUUGUUUUGAAACGUCAAAAUUGUAGAAUAAAAGGAGGAUAUGUAGAAAUAAACAUGUAACUCAAGUCAGAAAUAAAUCAUUAUAAUGACA